CCGCCAAAGACACCGUCGUUUUUCUUUUCCCCUUAUGUAACAACACCAGAAAGCUGCCAUUAGGCCAGGUGUGCAGUGACAGGCUCGACAACGCCGAAAAAGGGAAUCCACUAAAAGCGACACGCUGGAGCGGGGUUUGGGGGCAGUGCGUUUGCUGGCCAGUCCAGUGGGGGAGACGCACUAACAGCGCCAGCUAGCUUUACAGCAGGCGCAGAGCUAAAGCCUACUGCUGCAUUUGAGACCUCAGCGCCCCCUCCCCACUUUCGCUGCCCCAGCUUUGUUCUUCCCGUCUUCAGAAGCGACAGCCAAGAGACUUCCCCUCUCUGCAAACACCUCGCUUUUCGCGGUUCCAAGCUCUCUCGAGAUUUCUGGCGGCCCCCGGAUCUUCAGCAAUAAUCCCAGCAUUGACAUAAACUGUUUUUAUCUUACUUACUUGCGCGCGCCCCGUCAAACCCGUGCUGAAUAGGCUGAGCGGUGUCGCCACACCACAUUGCAGCAGCAUCGACUGGCCAAAGACCACUGAUGCUUUUUGGGGUUUUAUUUGCACCUCCAGCAAAAUAACGACAAUACCUUCAGUCAAGAGUCUGCUUCUCUCCCUAAAGAAUAUAACAGCAAAUCAUUUUUUCGCCAUUAACAACCGCUAUCUAUCCGCUCUGCGCUCUUGAAUACCUCACUUCCCAUCACCGUUUGCCAAAGCCGAGCCGACACCGUUGCCCAUCAUGGCGGGCACUAACAAGCACCUGCCAAUGAGCAUCGAUGCCAUGCUUGACAUGGAGCGUCAAGAGGUUCUGGCUCUCUUAGAGAAUAAGCAGAGCAGCACCGCCAGAGCUGCAUCGCCUUACGCAGCCAGCUCGCGAUCUCCAGUCCGCAGUAUGCUCGACAUUGAUGAAGAACCAUCCACGUCAAAACGACACGCCUCGCCACCAGCAGUGCAACGGCCCGUCAGAAGCAUGCUGGAUAUAGACAGCGCCCCUGAACCUGCGCCGCUUUCGAACCUUCGAAGUAUGCUCGACGUUGGAGGACCGUCCAACGCACGCUCCAGCUCCCAAGGCCGCAAGUCGCAGCCUGCCUCUCCAACUCUCUCCAACAGCAUGCUCUACAAAGGCCCAUCGGCUUCUACCUCCCAGCUUCAUCCUCGAAGCAAAUCCGACGCGGCGUACAGGCCUGUAGACUUUGGCCCUCGCCGAUCGCAAGGCCCAGAUGUGGUUUCUGGAUAUCAAUUCUCAGGCAUUUUGCCACAUUCAUCAAGUUCACAAAACGUCAACAAGAGACCCCAACCAGUCAAACGUUCGUCAGCUACCUCCUCGCUUGCGGAGGCCCUUCGAAGUGGAGAUUUCAGCAACCUACAGUUACCUGGUGAUCGUGGUAGGAAGUCGUCCUACGGCAGCCGCCUGGGCAACCAGUCAAAGUCUCCUUCUGGCCGGUGGAACAGUAGAUCUAGAUCACCAGCUACAUUUGGAGCUCAGCAACUCGGGCUUGGGCCUAACAAGGCGAUGCUGGAUGAUGGUCAAGUUGUGGAUAUUAGCAGCGCUUACCGCCGCUUGUCGGAUGCAAACUUGGCAUUUUCAUCUGGCAGUCUGUCCCAGCUUCCGUCACGCAAGAAGGCCGAGGAAGGCGGAAGUGCAAGAUUAGUUAAAGACUACCUGGGUCCAGAUGGAGAGCACUUGGAGUCUAGCGACGAAGAGGAUGCCUUCUCGUCGGAUGAUGAGGAUCGUGGCCGUAAGAAGGCACCCCGAACUCUGAAUCCAGACGCGACUGGAGAUAAAGACGAGGCUUCCGGUUCAAACACUACCACAAGGCAAACUUUGAGUCUUCUUGCAGCCGCAGAUGAAGAACGAUCGAAAAUUGCUCAACAACAGAGUUAUCAGUAUCGCUCAUUGCUUGAACCUGAAAUCAAAAUUACAAACAGCUCUGGUGAUCUCCUCAAGCCAACAAGAUCAGGCAUUCACCCCAAUACCAGCUACGACCAAUAUACCCUCUCCGCCAACCCGUCACUUAUUGACUCCGACGAGGAAGCCGACAUGGACGACAUUAUGCGCGCCCAGAAGCUUUCGUUUACCAUGACAAAUAUCCUUGAUAACUCAGAGGCACACCGCUCCAUUCGUAUCAUUUAUCGCGGAGAGUAUCACAAGAUUGCACAGGCGGCGGAGGAGGAGCAUCAACGGCCACGCAAGUACUUGGUAGCGACUGACCUGAGUGAUGAGUCAACACAUGCGCUCGAAUGGGCUAUUGGAACAGUCCUGCGUGACGGUGAUACUUUGAUUGCUAUCUACUGUGUCGAUGAGGAGACUGGCAUUGUGACUGACAACAACCAUGUGCCCGACGAUCCCAAGGCGAUGAGGGAGCAGGCUGCAGCAAUCAACACGGUUGCCAACUCAAAAACAACACCUGCACCUAUUAGCCCAGUCACUGACUUUCAACGCAAGCAUUUGCGUGCUGGAUCUGGUGGCACGCCAGGAACCUCACCUUCGCCAUCGAUGCGUGGUGAUGGCAAUAAGGCCGCUGCAGAGAGACACCACGCCAUUCAGGAUAUGACUACCAGAGUCCUUCGUUUGUUGCGCAAAACAAAACUUCAAGUUCGAGUCAUUGUUGAAGUGUUGCACUGCAAGAACCCUCGCCAUUUGAUUACCGAGGUAAUUGAUCUCAUCAGCCCUACCCUUGUUGUCAUUGGUAGCCGCGGUCGCAGUGCUCUAAAGGGCGUCAUCCUCGGCUCCUUCUCCAACUACCUGGUUACCAAGAGCUCUGUGCCGGUCAUGGUGGCGCGAAAGAAGCUGCGCAAAGCGAGCAAAUACAAGCGCGCAGAUAUCCACCAAGUCAAUAAUUUGUCCAACCCGACGGCGCGUAGUCUCGCAAAUGCCAAGAUCGAUUAGAGAUUGCGCGCUAUGCGAGGAGGAGCGACUCGGCGACGCGGUCGUCGAUGAACCGCGGCAAAUCGAAUACUUUGGUUACAUUGUAUUUGCGGGUGUCUCUUGGUGAUUUGUAUUGAAGAAGAGCCUUCUGAAUACCCUUGUAGUAUUGUUAUUCUGUUUAUUUUGUGGCGAUGAGCGUUGUCUUGGGAAGCGUCAAGCGAGCCUGCUGAGCCAUUUGGUCAGACUGUGCUUGUAUGGCGUAGCAUUUUUACCCGGUCUCCUUUUUUCUGACUAUAGGUAGAGCAGAAUGUAAUGAAAGAUACUUUUUUCCUCUCACU